AUGACGAAGACGGUCGCGCGCCGGUCGAGUCGCCGAAGCGAGGAGCUGGCGCGCACUGAGACGGCGCGUCGACGCCUUCGAACGUCACGGUGUGCCUCGCGACGGUCCCUUUGGAAGCCGUCAUCGCGCCGAGCCCGCGGGGGCUCGAAUGGUGGGUCGCGCGAGUACGUGACGCGCGGGCCGGUUUUGGCGCGCGGCUGUUCGUUUCUCGGAGAACGCGAUUGGCGCGUGCGUGGCGACGGUUGCCGUCGAUAUUUUUUGGUUGCUCGAUCCGUGCCCGGUCGUCACUAG